AUGCCCAUGGCGCUGCAAUACUUGGUUCGUGCUGCGCUAUGCCUACUCUUCUCCGUCGGUGCAGCGGUCAGUCCUACGGUCGAGCUGGGUUGCAACAAGUACACCGGGGUUGCGAAGCCAUAUGGGAUCACUCAAUGGCUGGGGAUGCGAUAUGCUGCACCGCCGGUCGGACAACUCCGGUUCAUGCCCCCAGAAGAUACCUCAUGUAAUGGCGCGUUGCAGGUAGCAGACACCCACGGCAAGAUAUGUCUCGAGACACAGGGUGACCCGGCCGACAACAGGACGUCGGAGGAUUGCCUGUUCCUCGACGUGUACGCGCCAACCAACGCUACUAGCCACGCCAAGCUGCCUGUGUUCUUCUUCAUCCAAGGCGGGGGAUUCAACUCGAAUUCCAAUCCGGACCUCGACGGACGGGGUCUGAUUACCGCCAGUGGGCAUUCCAUCAUCGUGGUGACGUUCAACUACCGCGUAGGGCCGUACGGUUUCAUCACCGAUGGAGACGCCAUCACUCCGAAUAACGGGCUGAGGGAUCAGAGGAAGGCGCUGGAGUGGGUGCAGAAGUACAUCUCGCGCUUCGGAGGCGAUCCGGACCAUGUCGUGCUGGGCGGUGACUCGGCCGGCGCAGCGAGCAUCAGUUUGCAAAUGGCAGCAUUCGGAGGCAGGGAUGACCACCUGUUUGACGCAGCUGCAGCGGAGUCAGUGUCCUUUGCAACCGUUUUGACAAUCAAAGAGUCUCAAUACCAGUACGACAACCUCGCCAUCCAGGCCGGCUGCGUAGCAGCCAAUUCGCUAGCAUGCCUCAAAUCGAAGACGGCCGAGGAGCUACAGACGGUGAACUCACCGAUACCAUACCCAGGCGCGGCGCAAGCACCCCUGUACAUGUGGAACCCCGUCAUCGACAACGAUAUCAUCAGAGACUACACAUACAAGGCCUUCGACGAGGGCAAGUUCGUCAAGGUCCCCGCGAUCUUCGGCGACGACACCAACGGCGGCACCAUCUUCACGCCGCGCGACACGUCCACCCUCGCCGAGAGCGACUCGUUCCUCAAGUCGCAAUUUCCCUACCUGUCGCUCGAGCAAUUGGGCAAGAUCAACGACCUCUAUCCCAAACAGAACGACACGUGCCCCAGCGCGGGCUGCUACUGGCGCCAGGUCUCGGACGUCUACGGCCAGAUGCGGUACAUGUGUCCGGGGCUGUACAUCUCAUCGGCGAUGACGCGGCACGGCGUUGCGCGGUCGUACAGCUACCGCUACGACGUCGAGGACCCAGCGCAGGUGGCGCAGGGCCUCGGCGUGCCGCACACGGUCGAGCUGAACGCCAUUUUCGGGCCCGAGAACCUGGGGUAUGCGGGAUCUGCCCCGGCGAGUUAUUAUCGGAAUGGCACAAAUGCGGCUGUGGUGCCUGUGAUACAGGCAUACUGGACGAGCUUCAUACGCAGUUUCGACCCGAAUCGGUAUAGGUACCCGGGCUCGGCGAUCUGGGAGGUGUGGAGCGAGCGCGCGCAGGACAGGCUGCUGUUUGAGACGGGUGGGAAGACGCGGAUGGAGUUAGUGGACGACACGACGAGGAGGCGUUGCGAGUAUUUUUACUCGAUUGGCCUUGAUAUUAGACAGUGA